AUGUUGAGCGGAAUCCAUUUUCUUUGCAACCACGGCUGCAGCGACGACCGCAGCAACGACCACCACAGGUGGAGCAACGACCGCAGCGACUACCACCACAGGUGGAGCAACGACCGCAGCGACUACCACCACAGCUGCAGCAACGACCACCACAGGUGCAGCGACGACCGCCGCUCCGACAACCACCACGGCUGCAGCGACUACCACCACGCCUGCAGCGACGACCGAAGCGACUACCACCACAGGUGCAGUGACGACCGCUGCGCCGACCACCACAGGUGCAGCAACGACCACCGCAGGUGCAGCAACGACCACAACGGCUGCAGUGACGACCGCCGCGCCGACAACCACAGCCACGGCUGCAGCGACGACCGCCGCGCCGACGACUGCCGCGCCGACCACCACCACGGCUGCAGCGACAACCGCAGCGACUACCACCACAGGUGCAGCAACGACCGCAGCGACUACCACCACAGGUGCAGCAACGACCGCAGCGACUACCACCACAGGUGCAGCAACGACCACCACAGUUGCAGCGACGACCACCACAGGUGCAGCGACGACCGCCGCUCCGACAACCACCACGGCUGCAGCGACUACCACCACGCCUGCAGCGACGACCGCAGCGACUACCACCACAGGUGCAGCAACGACCACCACAGCUGCAGCGACGACCGCCGCUCCGACUUCCACCACGGCUGCAGCGACAACCGCCGCGCCGACCACCACAGCUGCAGCGACGACCGCCGCUCCGACAACCACCACGGCUGCAGCGACUACCACCACGCCUGCAGCGACGACCGCAGCGACUACCACCACAGGUGCAGUGAUGACCGCUGCGCCGACGGCCACCACGGUGCUCCAAACUUUGAGGACUGCCCCUCCAGAAAACACAGGCCUGGCCCUCCAAACUCAAAGGACGAGCUCCAUUCACCACCUGGCAACGGCAGUGAGAAAUGGAGAAGAGAUGGGCAGAACGGAAUGGGUGGGCAGUAA